UCUAUUAUUUUAUAAGAAAUCUUCUUACUCGACAGAUAAAUCCGAUAAAUGUGAUUGUGAUUGCGAACAAAGGCCUUUGUUUAAUGCUUACCUAUCAUUUUGUUGAUUAAAACGUGAACUUCGUCAGAGAAAAUAGUUAGUGACGCAUCUCUUUAUCUCGGAUUCAUUUCCGUGGGAUGCCACAAUAUCCUUUGAAGUUGGCAGUAUCGCCACACCUCGUUCGUGCAAAAUUAAAUUAACAUUAAGAGAGAAACUAUGAUCCGUUGGGUGAUAUUCUUCUCCUGUUUUCAAUUCUUCUCAUCGGUAUUUAGCCAGUACAAAGAUGCGGAAAGUUUUUGCGCGGCUCAACAGAUUUGCAAAAAUUGUCUGCAGACCUCGCAGUGUGUUUGGUGUUCUACACCGCUUUCCGAUCAGAACGUGAACGGUCCACUGGUUCGUUGUGUCAUCAGAGAGAAAUUUUCAAACGAAGGCAGUCACUGGUGUCACACGUCAGACGUGAUAGACGAAACGAGUCAAGUGCUAUUGCUCGAAGAUCGACCAUUGUCCUCGAUAAAAGGCACAAGCCCGGUUCAGAUUCAGCCUCAGAGAAUUCGCUUGAAACUCAAACGAGGUGAGAAAUACCGGCUGACUUUAAAGUACAGCCAGGCAGAGGACUAUCCAGUCGAUCUGUAUUAUCUGAUGGAUCUGUCGGCAUCUAUGGAGGAUUCUAGGAAUCUGCUGUCAGAAUUGGGCCGCGAAUUGGCAGACGCUAUGCGAAACUUGACUUCCAACUUCCGCCUAGGAUUCGGCAGUUUUGUGGACAAAGUUGUGCUGCCCAUGACUCUGACACAACCGGAAAAGUUGAAGUCUCCGUGUACCUUGAAAUCCGGAAAACCGUGUGCACCACCGUACGAUUACAAGAAUCAAAUGCCUCUUAGUGAGAACAUUGAUCUUUUCAAGACUCGCGUGCGAGAGGCACCGGUGUCUGGUAACUUGGACGCGCCCGAAGGUGGUCUCGAUGCGAUGAUGCAAGCGAUGGUUUGUACUAACGAAAUUGGUUGGCGACAGGAUGCCCGACAUCUUAUCGUUUUCUCGACAGACGCCAGUUUUCAUGUCGCUGGAGACGGCAGACUGGCAGGAAUUAUCGAACCCAACGACUGUCUUUGUCAUUUAGACGAGAAGGGUUUUUACACGCAUUCGCUUCUCCAAGAUUAUCCAUCCGUAUCUCAGAUUAACAGAAUAGCUCGCGAGCACAACAUGAACAUCAUAUUUGCGGUGAAAAGCGAGAGGAAAACGACGUAUGAAUUAUUGAGUGGAAGUAUCAGCGGUUCCUCCGUCGAAACGUUGCAGAACAACUCUAAAGGCAUAGUUAGUCUCAUCAGAGGAGAAUACGAGAAAUUGGUUAAUUCCAUAACGAUGACGGACAAUGCACCAGAAACGAUCGAUGUAAAGUACUACUCCCGAUGUUUGGAGAAGAACGGUGAAUUAAAAGAACGACAAAAAUGUGGAGGAUUACGAGUGGGGAACGUCGUCGAAUUUGAAGUAACGUUACAGGCGUCUGAAUGUCCAACAAAUCCCAGUGAAUGGCAGACAACUAUGCAGAUAAAACCGAGGGGUAUAAACGAGAGCCUGACGAUCGAGCUAAGCAUUAUCUGUGAUUGUCCCUGCGAACGUCCAGGACAUCCGGGAUACGUGGCAGCUUCAGACAAUUGCAGAGGGAACGGUACUCUGGUUUGCGGUGUGUGUUCCUGCAACGAAGGCUUUUACGGGAAGCAGUGUGAGUGCGAAGGAAACGAAGCCGGUGCCGAGAAUGCGGCUGCUAUGGCUGACUGCAGGCCUAACAACGAGACUAGUGAAAUUUGUAGCGGCCAUGGUGACUGCAAGUGCGGUGUAUGUGAUUGCGCGAAGCGUCCUAAUCCGCAAGAAGUUUUUUACGGAAAAUAUUGCGAGUGCGAUAACUUUUCUUGUAAACGUAGCGAAGGAUUGGUUUGCGGCGGCCGAGGCAAGUGUGAAUGCGGUACUUGCAAUUGCUUGCCAGGAUGGGGCGGUGAAACGUGCAAUUGCAAAGAAACGAACAGCACAUGCAUACCGAGCAACAGCGAAACCAUGGAGAUUUGCAGCGGACGCGGUGACUGCAUUUGCGGUAGCUGUCAUUGUCACGAAAAGGACAACAUCCGAUACUCUGGACAGUAUUGCGAAGAGUGUCCCGUAUGUCCUGGACAACGAUGCGAAGAAUUGAAGAAUUGCGUGGAAUGUGUGGCCUACGGGACCGGGCCUUUGGCUGGAAAUGGAAAAUGCGACACAUGUCUGCAUCAAAUAGACAUCGUAGAUAAAAUCGUAGAGAAUCCCGAGGAGGAUCAAAAGACUGGAGCUCGUAUUUGUCGAACUCCGGGGGAUGCCGGAUGCACAUUUGUGUUCAAGUACGAAUAUUACAGAGGUGGCAAUGGGGGAGAUAUUAAGAUACUUAAGAUCCUCGCUGAGAAAGAGAGGAUGUGUCCCACGCCUAUCAACGUUCUCGGAGUGGCUAUAGGAUUGAUAAUUAGCACUGUAAUUAUCGGAUCUCUGAUUCUUCUCACUUGGAAAAUACUAACGACGAUCCACGAUAAACGAGAAUAUGCGAAAUUCGAGCGAGAACGAGCUCUGGCCAAGUGGGAUAAGGGCGAUAAUCCGCUUUACAAAAAAGCCACCUCGACAUUCAGCAAUCCAACAUACAACGAGAAUUCGAGGGAUUAGAUGAAAUUCACUUUCGCGCGAAAUAUCUCGGUGGGAACUCGAUUGUAUCGAGAGGUAGUCACUCCGACAGGUAGCGCCACCGAAUCAAGAAUGACGAAGACGACGCCAUGUUGGUUAAUUGUUUGUGUGUGAAAACGAUCUCCAGACGACGAAAUCAACGCCUAGUGUUCUAAUCCUGUGAAGAACAAAUCUCUGUCUGCUUCUAUUCCUGUAUUCCCAUCCAGUAAGUGACGAUACAUCCAUAUUUUCCUUAUUUUUCUGCAAAUAUUCCCAGAAUUCCGUAUUUACUUUGCGUCACGUUCCGUUGCAACACGAUGGCAACAUGGUGGCACUUUUUAGCAGCAAAACUUCCAGUUUGCUCGGGAAACAAUGCGCGAAACUGAAUGACUCGCGUCAGAAAGUAAAACGAAUGCGAUUGAAACGGGUGGGAAAAGUAAAGUGGAUAAGUGAUCGCUCGUAAAUCAGUUUUAAAUUUGAUCCAGGGAUUUCGCGGAGAUGGGUCCUGGCCUUUCAACCGAAUAUGUUUCGAAUAUUCCCUGGCCUCAUACUUUAUUGCUCGCUAUGCCCGAGAAAGACAGUCUCGCAAGGAGCUC